AUGUUUCGGGUGCUGGGCACGUGCGCGCUGGCCAGCAUCCCGCUGUGCUUCGCCAGCCGGGACGACGACGUUGUGAGGCUCCAGGUCGACGUCGAUUGCGCCAAGGCCCUUGCUGCCGAGGGCCCGCUCGAGGCGCCUCCGCCGAGCGCCGACCCGGCGCCCUUCGCGGCCGGCAAGCGCCGGAGGUCGCCGUCGCCAGAGGCGCUCGCGCCUGCGAGCAAGGCCGCCCGGCCCGACGCCGAGGCGGAGGCCGCCGGCGCCGCGAGGGGGGGCGCGCACGCACUGAAGGCUCACGUCAGCGGCCUUCCGUUCGCCGACGACGAGGGUUCGCUGAGAGGCUUCUUCGAGAGGUGUGGCGCGGUGUCCGGCGUGUGCCUACUGACCACGCAGAAGGGCAAGUCGCGCGGCAUCGCCUUCGUUGUGUUCGCGGACGCUGUGGGGCUGGAGGCUUGCCUCAAGCUGGACGGCUCCGAGUACAAGGGGCAGGUGAUCAAGGUGAGCAGGGCGAAGAGCGGUGGGGAGAGAGAACCCAAGGGCAAGGCCGCGGGCAAGGGCAAGGCUGCCGGCAAAGAGGACCAGACCUGGGGCAAGGCCGCCGAGAAGGGCAAGGGCAGGGGCGGCAAGGGCAAGGACAAGGGCAAGGACAAGGGCAAGAAGGGACAGUUGCCCUCGAGCCUGCGCCAGUUCGAGGUCUUCGUCGGGGGCCUCCCCUACGCAGUCUCGGAGGACGUGAUCCGGCAGGACUUCGGCGACCUCGGCGAGACCGACCGCUUCCACAUGCCCCUCGGCGACGACGGCGGUCACACUGGCACGGCGUUCAUCUCGAGCUACCUCACCCACGAGGGCAUGGAGAAGGCCCUCGCAUUCAACGACACUGAGUACAGCGGCGUCUGGAUACGGAUGCACACGGACUCGCAGCUGGCGCCGACGACCUACGUGGUCUCCGGCGGCGGUGGCGGCAUCACAUCGGAGGCGAGGCCCGCGUUCCGCAGCAAUUUGGCUCAUACGGUUUGGAACGAGGCGCACGCUUUUAUACCAACCCCGCAGAGCAACAUGCACAGCAAGUUUUCCUCGAUGGACGCGAUCGAAGGCGAGAUCACGCUGUUCGUUGAGCACAUACCAAGCCACCUUGACCGUGAAAUGGUCAUGGAUUGGAUGGAUUCGGCGGGGUACGGCGGCACAUACGACUUCCUGUAUGUCCCCCUCUGUUUCGAGACGGGCACCAACAAGGGCUACGUUUUCAUCAACUUCAUGGAGGCAGCAUCGGCGCGCAGGUUCGCGAAGGUGAUGAACGGCCUCCAGCUCGGCUGCGACAGCGCGGAGCUGUCCGUCUCGCUCUCCGAGACGCAGGGCAUCGAGGGGGCCCUCGCUAAGUGGCACAAAAAGGCCGCCCGCCGGAUCAGGAACCCCCGGGCGCUCCCGUACGUCCGCUACGAGGCCAACGUGAAGAAGGCGGCCUCGAAGCCCGCCCGCAAGGCCGCGCGUGCCCCGCCAGGCCUCGGGCCGCCCCCCGGGCUGGAGCCCCCGGGCCGCGCCGCCGGGGCCGAGGGCUGCGCCGCGCUCGCCCCGCGGGCGCCCUGGCCCUCGCCUCCGGGCGUCUUCGUCAGGGGCGGGCCCCCCGGCCUCUGGGCCGCCAGCGCCCGCUCCGAGGGCGCCGUCGCGGGCGGCUCCGCACGCGGGCGCUGCGGUGCGCCCGAGCAAAGGCGUUGCGGCGAGCUCUCGUACACCCACCCAGGCGUUACCAUGCGGGAGCUCCAGGGUGGCAAUUACACCCCGCCGUUCAAGCACUGGGAUUCCGAAGACACUGCCUCGAACAGCAUGGAGAGCACAUAUUCGGAGCACGGCUACCCUCGAAUGUCCAGCCCGCCUGGCGUGUUUUAG